GGGGCUGGUCAAGGGAAGUGCGACGUGUCUGUGGAGCCUUUUUAUACCUCCUUCUCGGGAGUCCGGCAGUAGCCACUGCCGCCGCCACCGAGCGUCCUAGCGCUUCCGCUCCCAGGAGCUGGGCUCCGAGUUCCAGCGCGCCGGGCAUCGCCGCAGCCAGCCAGCAUGUCGUCCGGGGUCAAGAAACAGAAGACGUGUCUUCAUAAAGUCAUCCUCACGCCCCACCCCACACCCCCUUGCCCUGCCAGGAUUCUGUAUUCCAUCUCAGCCACUCCCCUAGCCAAUGAACCUACUCACCACUAAUUUCAAGGAGACCCAGCAGAAAUCCACCAAUGUUGUGUAUCAGGCGCAUCAUGUGAGCAGGAAUAAGAGAGGGCAGGUGGUUGGAACAAGGGGUGGAUUCCGAGGAUGUACCGUGUGGCUGACAGGUCUCUCUGGUGCUGGAAAAACAACGAUCAGUUUUGCUCUGGAGGAGAAUCUCGUCUCCCACGCCAUCCCUUGCUACUCCCUCGAUGGGGACAACGUCCGUCAUGGCCUCAACAAAAACCUUGGAUUCUCUCCUUGGGACAGAGAAGAAAACAUCCGCCGGAUUGCUGAGGUGGCCAGGCUGUUUGCCGACGCUGGUCUGGUCUGCAUUACCAGCUUCAUUUCUCCUUUUGCGAAGGAUCGUGAGAAUGCCCGCAAAAUCCAUGAAUCUGCAGGACUGCCAUUCUUUGAGAUAUUUGUAGAUGCGCCUCUAAACAUUUGUGAAAGCAGAGAUGUAAAAGGUCUCUACAAACGGGCCCGAGCUGGGGAGAUCAAAGGGUUUACGGGUAUUGAUUCCGAUUAUGAGAAACCUGAAACUCCUGAGCUUGUGCUUAAAACCAAUUUGUCCUCGGUGAGCGACUGUGUGCAGCAGGUGGUGGAACUUCUACAGGAGCAGAACAUUGUACCCCACACUAUAAUCAAAGGCAUCCACGAACUCUUUGUGCCAGAAAACAAACUCGACCAAGUCCGAGCUGAGGCCGAAGUGCUCCCUUCGCUAUCAAUUACCAAGCUGGAUCUUCAGUGGGUCCAAGUUUUGAGUGAAGGCUGGGCCACUCCCCUCAAAGGUUUUAUGCGGGAAAAGGAGUACUUGCAGGUUAUACACUUUGGCACCCUGCUAGACGGCAUGUUCCCUCCUGACGGAGUGAUCAACAUGAGCAUCCCCGUCGUGCUGCCCGUCUCUGCGGACGAUAAGACGCGGCUGGAAGGGUGCAGCGAGUUUGUCCUGACACACGGAGGACGGAAGGUGGCUAUCUUACAAGACCCUGAAUUCUACGAACACAGAAAAGAGGAGCGUUGUUCGCAUGUGUGGGGCACAACCUGUGCAAAACACCCCUACAUCAAAACCCUGGUAUCAACCAUUCUAUUUUCUAUGAAGUUGACUACUUUAGAUACCCAUAUGGUGAUGGAAAGUGGGGAUUGGCUGGUUGGUGGUGACCUUCAGGUGCUGGAGAGAAUACGGUGGAAUGAUGGGUUGGACCAAUACCGCCUGACACCUCUGGAGCUCAAACAGAAAUGUAAAGAAAUGAAUGCUGAUGCAGUGUUUGCAUUCCAGUUGCGCAAUCCUGUCCACAACGGCCACGCUCUGCUGAUGCAGGACACCCGCCGCCGGCUCCUGGAGAGAGGCUACCAGCACCCGGUCCUCCUGCUGCACCCCCUGGGCGGCUGGACCAAGGAUGACGACGUGCCCCUGGACUGGCGGAUGAAGCAGCACGCGGCCGUGCUCGAGGAGGAGGUUCUGGACCCCAGGUCCACCGUCGUGGCCAUCUUCCCAUCGCCCAUGUUGUAUGCGGGCCCCACAGAGGUCCAAUGGCACUGCAGGUCCCGGAUGGUUGCAGGGGCCAAUUUCUACAUUGUGGGCCGGGACCCUGCAGGAAUGCCCCACCCUGAGACCAAGAAAGACCUGUAUGAACCUACUCAUGGGGCCAAGGUCUUGACCAUGGCCCCUGGCCUCACCUCUGUGGAAAUCAUUCCAUUCCGAGUGGCUGCCUACAACAAAGCCAAAAAAGCCAUGGACUUCUAUGACCCAGCAAGGCACAAUGAGUUUGACUUCAUCUCAGGAACUCGUAUGAGGAAGCUGGCCCGCGAAGGAGAGAAUCCCCCAGAUGGCUUCAUGGCCCCCAAAGCAUGGAAAGUCCUGACAGAUUAUUACAGGUCCCUGGAGAAGAACAACUAAAUGCCCUUCAGCACCAGAGUUUCUUUCUGAAGUGCUCUGUGAUUUCUUUUUCUAUUUUUGUGAUUAGAUGCUUUGUAUCCAAUUGCUUCUCAAUGAUUGACUUUAAAGUUAAUGUUUUAUAAUGAGGUAAAAAUGUUCUCUAUAAUUUAAAGUCAACAUAUAUAUACACACACACACACACACGUGUGUGUGUGUGUGUGUGUGUGUGUGUGUAUAAAGUAAAACUGAAGACCAAACCUUAGCAGGUAAAAGCAAUAUUAUCAUUUCAGAAUGAAAUUUUAGUUGUAUUUUCUACUGCAUCUGAGCAGUAGGUCCCAGAUUUCGUAAAGCUUUGACCAUGUGUCUAGUUUACUUGCCAAAAAGUAAAGCAUGUCUCCCAGCUUAAGUCUUGCCAACCUGCAUUCUCCCAUGUCAUAUACCAGUAGUAAAAGAAAUCAGAUGGGCAGCUCCUUCUAUACAGUUGACAAAAAAAGAAAAAGAAAAGAAAAUCUCACCCCAAAUGAGGAGUGGCUCAUGUCAAGAUUCUUGCCAGUAUUUCCCUCGUGCCCGUAUCCAGCCUUACUGCCCAGUAUCUUAGGUGCUGAAGUAUGACCUGACUGGAGAAACCAAAUGUGUGAAAAUGUGAAGUUAAUCUCAGAGAUCUAUGCAACCUAGUUCUGCCACGGAAGUUAUAUUAUCUAAGAAGAAGAGAAGUCUUAAUAUUUUUCUGUGAAUAACAUAACUCCAGUUAAACGGUGUCUUUUAAUUAAAUAGCAUACAGGGCUUUGAUGAAAAGAUUUGCACCCACGCCUCAAACAAUCUGGCAAUGUUGUGGAGAGUUAAUUUUUCUCCUCUUUGCUGUGGUCAUUGUGUCUAUGGAGAGGCUGCGCCUAUUACCUGCAGCGGCAUCAGCUGUGACCGAAAACAGUUCAGACCAUCAGACUAGCGAGCUGCUGGAACCGGACAAAAACGCAGGAAGCUCCAACCUUUUCAUCUUACAGGUGACCAAACUAAGACGAUGCACAAGCACAGGCUUCAUGAGCUAUGAGCACUGUAACAAAAGUGCCAAAUUGGCAUUUUGGAAGUGCUGGUGGCACUGAACGAGCACCCAGGCCCCUUGACUCCCAGGCUGGUGCUUUGUCUACUCUGUACAACACAGGAGCUGGACCUGGUUUCCCUCAACUGCCUAACAAAACUCCUUGAACAGAGGGCACUUACCAGUCUUCUUGGAUGCUGUAAGGUCUGGAGUUUUCUAAACCCAGCUGAUUUUAUUGCAGUUGAAAAAAAUACUUUCCCAAAGACUCAUGCUGUUCUGAAACAUGCAACCUCUGAUGGCUUUACUUUCUGGGAGGCAGUCUUGCACCUUCUGCAUAAUUCCUCGUUACUAAGGAAUGUAUGAAGAAAUAGUACCUUUUGUACAUAGGUCUCUCUGGAAGAGACUUAAGACUGGAAGAGAAAACUGUGAUUUUUUUCAUACUCAGCUUUGUUUUUUUAAAUGCUAAACCAAGCUAAUGAAAGUUCUUUUGAGAAUAAAUCACAGUGGCCACAGCAAAAAGUAUGACUAUCUUUAAUAGCACAGUGCCUAUAUUCAUUUAAUCAGAGGUCCUUACUGCCUUUUUAAAAAACAGCAUAUUUAUUGAAAACAUGAGACAAGAUGUAGGUGCCUUAACCAAUGUAUUUUGUGAUUUUUUAAUAUAUUUAAAACUGCUCUUCUGCUUGAGUACCACUUAGUGCAAAUGAUUAUUUCUAUGUACAACUGAUGCUUGUUCUUAUUUUAAUAAAUUUCUCAAAAUGAA